GGGGCGGGGCGGAGGGGGCGGAGGGCUCCCUCCGCUCGCCCCUCCCGCCGGGCCGAGCCUGGCCGGGCAGGGCAGGGCCGCGCAGCGCUACGGGCUCCGCCGGGCCGCUCGUUCCUUGGCAUGAGCGCGGGUGGCUGCGCCGCCGCCGCCGCCUCAGCGCGUUAGCGUUGCGCCAUGCGGCUGUGCGGGGCGCUGCUGAAGAGCCCCAUCCCCAAGCAGAUCGAGUACUACUCGCGCUUCUCCCCCUCGCCGCUCUCCAUCAAGCAGUUCCUCGACUUCGGUCGUGACAAUGCAUGUGAGAAGACUUCCUACAUGUUUCUGCGGAAAGAACUUCCUGUGCGGCUAGCUAACACCAUGAGAGAAGUCAAUUUGUUGCCUGAUAACUUACUUAACAGGCCUUCAGUUGGACUAGUGCAGAGUUGGUACAUGCAGAGUUUCCUCGAGCUUUUAGAAUAUGAAAAUAAAAGUCCUGAGGAUCCUCAUGUUCUGGAUGACUUUUUAGACGUUUUAAUUAAAGUCAGGAACAGACACAAUGAUGUGGUUCCAACCAUGGCACAAGGGGUGAUUGAAUACAAGGAAAAAUAUGGCUUUGACCCAUUUGUUAGCAGUAACAUCCAGUAUUUUCUAGAUAGAUUCUACACCAACCGCAUCUCUUUCCGUAUGCUUAUUAACCAACACACGCUUCUUUUUGGAGGAGACAUUAACCCUGCUCAUCCCAAACAUAUUGGAAGUAUUGAUCCUAAUUGUAAUGUGGCAGAGGUGGUUAAAGAUGCUUAUGAAACAGCUAAGAUGUUAUGUGAACAGUACUAUCUGGUGGCACCUGAUCUGGAAGUUGAAGAAUUCAAUGCUAAAGCUCCAAACAAGCCUAUUCAAGUAGUCUAUGUACCUUCUCACUUGUUUCAUAUGUUAUUUGAAUUAUUCAAGAAUUCAAUGAGAGCUACAGUGGAGUUGCACGAAGGUAAGAGAGAAGGAUAUCCAUCGAUCAAAACCUUAGUCACUUUGGGGAAAGAAGAUCUAUCUAUUAAGAUAAGUGAUCAAGGUGGAGGUGUACCUUUAAGAAAAAUAGACAGAUUGUUUAACUACAUGUACUCAACAGCACCCAGGCCUAGUUUGGAACCCACAAGAGCUGUUCCUUUGGCUGGAUUUGGCUACGGCUUGCCAAUUUCUCGUCUGUAUGCUAGAUACUUCCAAGGUGACCUAAAACUCUACUCAAUGGAAGGUGUUGGAUCAGAUGCUGUAAUUUAUUUGAAGGCCCUUUCAAGUGAAUCAUUUGAAAGACUUCCUGUUUUUAAUAAGUCGGCGUGGCGGCACUACAAGACCACACCUGAAGCAGAUGACUGGAGCAAUCCUAGCAGUGAACCAAGGGAUGCUUCUAAAUACAAAGCUAACCGAUAAUUUGCCACCUUUUGUCUCUGCUGGAGAUGACCUCUGCAUUCAGUAUCAAGUCUCUGCUUUGUUCCAAAAUCCUCCAAACCACAAUAGCUAAUUACUUCCAAACAAAGACCUAAUCAGGGCAUUAAAA